UUGUGGGUAACGCGUGGGGGGACUGUCGUGCCGUGGAGUCGGUUUAGGCCAGUUGGCCUUGGGCCAGUUAUCGUUCCGUGCCGGUGCGGAAGACUUCAUGAGCUGACUUUCCAAGCGUGCGGGGUAUCAGAUACUUUCGUGGUGUCGGUUGUGGGGCACAAGCGUAUCUUUGGGCGGCAGGAUAGCUGCGUAGUCGCGUUAGGCUCGUCUUCCAGGCUUUCUCGCGAUGAUGAACGGCCAGAAGUUCUGCCUCAAGUGGGACAGCUUCCGCACGAGCGUCACGUCCGUGUUCGACCACCUGCGGCAGGAUGAGGAGCUGGUGGACAUCACGCUCUGCUGCGACGGCCACAAGGUCAAGGCGCACCGCAUGAUGCUCUCCGCGUGCAGCCCCUACUUCCGCGAGCUGCUCAAGGAGAACCCGUGCCAACACCCGGUGUUCUUCCUGAAAGACACGAGCAUCGAGGACCUGCGCGCCGUCAUCGAGUUCGUCUACAAGGGCGAGGUGAACGUGUCGCAGGGCCAGCUGGCAAGCUUCAUCAAGACGGCCGAGAUGCUGCAGGUGCGCGGCCUGAGCGGCGCGAGGGAGGAUGGAGAACUGGAGGCCGCGCUGGGGCACGUGGCCAGCUUCGAGGGUCACGCCGGUGGGGCGGGACAAGGCUUUGAUCCCGCCCAGGUGUCGCUGCUGGACGACUCGCUAGGAGAAGCCGGCCCGUCGUCGGCCGGCGCCGGCGGUGACAGAGCCUCACAAGCCGAGUACCCGUGUCGGUUCUGCGGCCGGCUGUACCGCACGCCGGGCAGCCGGCGCGCCCACGAGCACGUGCACACGGGCGGCACCGUCUGCCACCUCUGCAGCCUGGCGUUCGGCAAGAUGGGCAACCUGAAGCGCCACCUGCGCGCCGUGGGCAGACGCGGAGACAGAUGCCACUGGGGCCUCCGAGAGACGGCGCCGGAGAGCACGUGGAACCCCCGCCUGGACGUGCGGAUCCUGCCGGACACGCUGCGCCACAAGCUGCAGCGGCGGGAGCGGCUGGACAAGAGCGACUGGCGGCACGUCACCACCUGCAUCUACGACCGCUACAAGGCCUUCAAUGACCAGUGA